ACCAACAACAACAGCAGCUGGCCGGCCCUCCGCACUGUGGGAAGACUCGCUGCAGCCGGGAGCCUCCGUCAUCCGUCACGUUGAACGACAUGGCCUCCGACGGCAUGGACGAGCGAUCCCCGCUGCUGUCGGGCCCCAACUCCGAGAAUGUGACCCCCACCGCUCCCCCGUACCUGCAGGAUUCAAGUCCCCGAGCCGAACUACCUCCUCCUUACACAGCCAUCGCCAGCCCCGAUGCCAGCGGUGUGCCUGUCAUCAACUGCCGUGUAUGCCAGUCGCUCAUCAACCUAGAUGGCAAGAUGCAUCAGCACGUGGUCAAGUGCACUGUCUGCAAUGAAGCUACGCCCAUCAAGAAUCCCCCUACAGGGAAGAAGUAUGUGAGGUGUCCCUGUAACUGCCUGCUCAUCUGUAAAGACACAUCCAGGAGGAUAGGAUGUCCUCGACCAAACUGCAGACGCAUCAUCAACCUGAGCCCGGUGAUGGUGAUCCCGGAGGAGCAGCCGGCCCAGCCGGCCCUGCCCAUCCAGCCCGAGGGGAUGAGAGUGGUCUGCGGUCACUGCGGCAACACUUUCCUGGGCAGUGAGGACGCCAGCUCUUCCCAGCCAAUGUCUGGUCUCCCCAGCGAUGGCUCACCCCCAGCACAGCCACAGUGGAUGGAGCUCCGAUUUAACACACUCGCAAAGUGUCCUCACUGCAAAAAAAUAUCCUCUGUUGGCAGCGCGCUGCCCAGGAGGCGCUGCUGUGCUUACAUAACUAUAGGGAUGAUUUGCAUCUUCAUCGGUGUGGGUUUAACAGUUGGUACUCGGGACUUUGCCAGUCGCUACAAUGCCACCUAUGUGUCCUGGGCAUUCGCUUACCUGCUGGGCCUCAUCUGUCUGAUAAGAGCCUGCUACUGGGGAGCCAUCAAAGUCAGCUACCCAGAGAACAGCUUUGCCUAGAGCGAGAGUGUUUCAGCGAGGUCCUGGAAGUACAAACUCCACUUUUAGAUUUUUUUUCCCCCCACCAUCUUCUUCAGAUUUUAAACUGGUCACGUUCAGCCGAGUGCAGCGCGUCUGGACAGGGGUGUCGGGUGUUGUUUGAAGAAGUUUAUUCUGGCUGUGUCUCCUGUUGUAUAUCUGGAAACCCGCUGUCUGUCAGUCAGUCUGGAGCUGGUCCACAAAGACGAAAAUCCUCUUCAUGUUUUGCUGACAUCCAUCAAAAUUUAGAUGGAAAAACUGUGGUAUUUUUAAUCUUUAGUUUUUUUUAAAAUUGGUAAUUAGCAAAAAUUUGUUGGCUCACAUGCAAAUUGAAAAAGAAAAGCAAACUGGCUGGAUUUAGUUAUUUUUGGACCACUUGUUUUUUCAAAGUUAUUAUCUACUACAUGAAAGCACUCGCUCGAUAUUUCACUACAGACCAAAAUGAGACAACCUUCUGAGAACAGUUUGUCCAUUGCACUAUGGUUUUAUGCAAUUGUGUUGCUUUGCUGCUAGUUAACUCAAGAUAUAAGACGAUGCAUAUUCAUGUUGUAGCCAUUUCUUUGCCUGUGUACUUUGACAUAGACUUAGUAUAUGAUUUCAGUGCUCAAAAUGAUCAACUUUUAAAGGUAAUUGUCCUUAUACAGUAUUCCCAUGCGUGCCAACUUUGCUGCCCAGUGUUAUUCAAGAAAAUUAUCAGAUCAAUCAGAAAAUCUUUUUUUUAUUAAAAUGUGUCUCUUUUUUGUGUGUGUGAAACUUUUAAGUCACAACAGCAAUAACCCUUUGGGGUGAUUUUUCUUAGCUUCCGUCCCUGUGAUUCUCACCAGGAGUCCCAUAAUAAUACCAGAAACAUGGUGACUCACCUUUGCAUGUUGACUUGUUCAUGUUGCUGGGGUGGUGUUCCACUUCUGUUUCCGAGGUAGCUGAAGGCUGUGAUGUUCCUCCCGUCUUUGCUCCUCCUGCCUGUGAGUUGGAAUGUAAACCUUCGUCCCUCCGCUUACGUCGCUGCUCUCCAACCUCCAGUGAACUCUCUACGCUAGCUAGCAUUUCUAUAUGCAGACUCAACUCUCUGUCUCUUUGUCUUGACCAGUGGGCACAGUUCAAACUUCUAACUUAGUUCUGAAUGUGAUGACGACAAUGAUGAUGAUGCAGAAAAUAAUAUUAAAGUAGGUAGUGUGAAGUGGACAGGGAAAACAAUGGUUCG